AUGACUCCAGGCACUUCGAUACGACAACAAACGAAGAGUUGGAGGGCCGAGCACAAAGCCGCGAGGACGCUCGGCAUAAUAAUGGGCGCGUUCCUCCUUUGUUGGCUGCCAUUUUUCCUUUGGUACCUGACAACGUCACUGUGCCGCGAGGCGUGUUACUGUCCAGACACGGUGGUGUCCGUCCUAUUUUGGAUAGGCUACUUCAACAGCGCCCUGAACCCGCUGAUCUACGCGUAUUUCAACCGCGACUUCCGCGAGGCCUUCAAGGACACGCUGAAAAGCGCCCUUCCGUGCUGCGCCAGUUGUUGGAAGACACCGUCGCAGUUUGUCUAGCGUGAGAAACCCCCGUGAACAGUCGCGUCGAGCAUGCUUCGUGUCCCGAAUCAUCGGACAAACCCACACAUUUUAAUUAAGCUUGUGGUCGGAACUUGUCCAAUGCCGGACGAAAGUCUGUUCAGCUCGAAUCCUUCGAUGGCCGGAUAGCUAAAAAUAAAUUUGACGACACGUCGCAAGGUUCGUUGAAGAGAUUCUUUGAUGUUUAUACGGCCGAGAAAUUGGAGGAAGUGAUUGUUAACGGGAAAUAUAAAACUAUUCUCAUAAAGAGUGAUUAGAAGUAUACUGUUGUGAAUAAGGAGAGAGAAACAUUUAUCAUAACUUUUUUUAAUUAAUCUAAUAUAAAUGAUCAUACAUCUUGCAAAGCUCUCAUUCCACGUGAAUCAAUCCUCUGCUUCUCUUUGAAUUCCAUUAUAUUUCUACUGUUGUAUCUUCAAAUUUUAUAUGUAUUUUUAUCGAAUGAGUCGGUAAGGUAUA